GACAUUGCACUAGGGUAGGAAAAUUAAUGUAACCAUACAAAUUUCUUGAGAAAAAGGAUAUUUCUCAUAAGAUGUUUUAACGCAACCCAAUAACUGCGGCGGCACAGCGUUGAAUCUAUCACGAUCACCGCCACUCUAAGGCAACGAUUGACCCUUUUCUUCUCCGUUAGGAACAUCACAACCUCUGUCGAUCUGGGGAAAGGGAUUCUCCGAUUUUACAAUGGAUGGUAACAAAGAUGAGGCUUUGAAAUGCUUAAAAAUAGCGCAAACUUCGAUUGAAUCUGGAAAUCGUGAACGGGCGUUGAAAUUCUUGAACAAAGCUCGUCGUUUAGAUCCAUCGCUUGAAAUUGAUGAUUUAUUGUCUCAAGCUGAUGCUUUUCAAUCGAAAAAUAGUGUAUCCAACUCUCCCUCUAGCUCAUCUAUACCCUCCGAGUCCGAAAGUAGUUGUACUCGUCGGAGAGUUUCUUCGUAUACCGAGGAGCAAGUUACAAUUGUUAGGGAGAUCAAGAGGAAGAAGGAUUAUUACGAUAUCUUAGGGUUGGAGAAAAGAUCUAGUGUUGAGGAUGUGAGGAAAUCUUAUAGGAAGCUGUCUUUAAAAGUUCAUCCUGAUAAGAACAAGGCUCCGGGGGCGGAAGAGGCGUUUAAGAUGGUGUCUAAGGCGUUUCAGUGUUUGAGUGAUGAGGAGAGAAGGAGAACAUAUGACUCUGUUGGCUCUGAGGAGCCUGUUUAUACGAGGCGUCCUACUACACAUCAUCAUGCUACUGGAUUUCGAUUUAGUGAUGACGUUGAUGCUGAAGAGAUAUUUAGGAAUUUCUUCUUUGGCGGUAUGAAUCCGGCAACAACUACUCAUUUUAGCUUUGGCACUGGAAUGGGAAUGGGAGGAAAUCAGGGAUCAAAGUCCUUAUUCAAGACUUUGAUUCAAUUGUUGCCUGUCAUAUUGAUCUUGUUGGUCAACUUUCUACCUUCAUCAGACCCAGUUUAUUUAUUUUCAAGGUCUUAUCCAUAUGAUCUUCGCCUGGCUACGCAAAGGGGUGUCAACUACUAUGUCAAGUCUGGGAAAUUUGAACAGGAGUAUCCUGUUAAUACCCCAAUGCGUUCCGCCCUUGAAGAAAAAAUCGACAAUGAUUAUUUCUCAAUUCUAUCUCACAACUGCAGGCUUGAGCGACAACAACUUCAUUGGGGUUAUCAACGACAAACACCAAAUUGUGAUACACUGAAGCAGUUCCAAGCUGCAGCUUGAUUUACUGAUGAAAGGGUGCAGUUUCCUCCUUGUGAUAUCUUACUCCCAAAAUAAAUUUAGUAUUGGAUUUUAGAUUGACAAUCAUAUGCAGUUUGGUCCCUUUUAUUUAAUUCCUCUCCACACGAGGACAUAUUUAUAGAUGACUUAGUGAACUUGCCAAUCUUGUUUGCAUUGUUUGAUAAUUGCUGUGUUAUAAUUGCAGAACAUAUGCUAGUUUAUGUCACAUUCUGUUAUAAACUCUACUGGAUAGUAAUUCACUUUCAGACCACUGGUGCUUCGUUUGCUGUAUUAAAUUACUACUACAAUCAUGAUUGGAGAUCCACUUCUUCUUUUAUUUGGAUAAA